UUAGAAUACAUAAACAAUUUUUUAUUUUCAUAUUCUGUGUUGAACAAGACUGCGAAAGGGAAUAUUCUUAUUUUUAAAUUAUUGUUAACUUAUUAAGUGAUAACAUAACAAACCCUAAAAAUUGUAUUUAUUAUACCAUUGUUAUGACGUAGUAUCCAUAGCAACUUACUAUGUUACCAUGUACAUUUGUGAUGACCAAUUCCCCCAUAAUGUUUUACUAUAUUAUGUAAGGUUCAUGUACUUUGAAUGUUAUGUUUGGAUUUUUAUUGUUUUACUAUUGUAUUGUUGAUUAUUUUCUAUAAAAAUUUAGUUAAAAUGUCAAAAAUUGCUGAUGGUAACUACACUGCGGUUAUUUACACAUUGAUCAAAGAAAAACAAUAUAAUGAUGUUAUUGAAAUCAUUAAUAACAUGUCAGAUAACAAUAGAAAUACAAGGCCUGGCUUAUCUUUAUUAGCCUACUGCUACUAUUAUACAGAUGACUUUCAAAAUGCAUCAACAAUAUAUGAACAACUGGCCGUACUGUGGCCACAGGAAGUAGAUUAUCAGUUACAACAUGCUCAAUCACUUUAUUCUGCUGGACGAUAUGAAGAUGCUUUAAGAGCAGCAAAUGGAAUUACUACGAGUGGUUAUGAAAACAAAGUUCGAAAACUAACAGCCGCAAUUAGAUAUGGCAUGGAAGACAUAGCAGGUGCACGGUCUUUGUUGGAAACCAAUUCUGGUCUUAAUGAUGAUCCGGACACAGACAUAAACUAUGGAUGCCUACUCUACAAGGAAAGUCGGUAUGAAGAAGCAUUACAGAAAUUUUUAAACGCACAAACAAUGCUUGGUUACAGACCCCAUUUGUCAUACAGUGUUGCAUUAUGCUAUUAUAAACUAAAGGAUUUCACCUCGUCACUGAAACACAUAGGUGAUAUUAUUGAUAGAGGCAUAAGAGAACACCCUGAAUUAGGGAUUGGCAUGACAACUGAAGGAAUUGAAGUUCGUAGUGUCGGUAACACUCUGACGCUUCAUGAAUCAGCCCUGGUUGAAGCAUUCAAUUUGAAAGCUGCAAUCCAGUUUGAAAAGAAUGACAUUGAUAGUGCUAGGGAAGCUAUGACCGAUAUGCCACCAAGAUGGGAAGAAGAACUGGACUCUGUCACAUUGCACAACCAGGCAUUGUGUUCGGUGGAUAUGUCACCCACACAAGGAUUCCAUAAAUUACAAUUUCUCAUGCAGCAGUCAACUUAUCCACAAGAAACGUUACAAAAUCUUUUAAUUUUAUACUGUAAACACGGAUACCAUGAUUUGGCUUCUGAUGUUAUAUCAACAUACUCGCCAGUCAAGGACAAAUAUCUAUCUAAUUAUAUACGAGAAUUUGUGGAUGCUGUUAUUGCACAACAAACUUCACCUGAUGAAGCAUAUCGUAAACUUGACAAUAUGGCAAAUAAAUUAGCUGAUUCUUUGCGUAAAGCCACACGAUCAGUACAAGAGUCGAGGGAAGCCAGAGACGACAAAAGAGCUAAGAGUGCUUUACUUGAUUAUGAAAACACUCUUGAAAAAUUUAUACCGGUCACAAUGGCCCAAGCAAAAAUCUAUUGGGAUCUAGAAAACUAUGCUCAAGCAGAAACCAUAUUUUAUAAGUCUGUUGAAUUCUGUAAUGAAAAUGAUACAUGGCGAUUACACGUAGCACAUGUUUUAUUUAUGCAAGAAAAAUUCAAAGAAGCUAUUGCAUUUUAUGAACCAAUUGUAAAAAAAAAUUACAAUAAUAUUCUUUCAGUGAGUGCCAUCGUAUUGGCCAACCUUUGUGUGUCUCAUAUAAUGACUGCACAGAAUGAAGAAGCUGAAGAGUUAAUGAGAAAAAUUGAAAAGGAAGAAGAGCGACUAUAUUAUCAAGAGCCCGAAAAAAAAGUUUUUCAUCUUUGUAUAGUUAAUCUAGUUAUUGGAACAUUGUACUGUUCAAAAGGAAAUUAUGAAUUUGGGAUUUCAAGAGUUAUUAAAAGUUUAGAACCUUAUAAUAAAAAACUGGGAAUGGACACAUGGUUUUAUGCUAAACGAUGUAUGUUGUCGUUGAUUGAAAAUAUGACAAAACACAUAAUCGUUAUGAGAGAUUCGUUUUACAAUGAAUGCUUAGUGUUUCUAAACCAAUGUGAAUUUCAUGGCAAAGAAGUGGCGACAAUGCCUGAAGAAGAGGAAUCGACUGGCAAAAAAGAGUUGAAUAAUGUGACCUGUGAAGCAAGGCUUUUGAAAUCUCUUAUACUUCGUCAGUUAGAGUACUAAGACCUAACGGCAUAAUAAUAUAAUUAAUAUUAAUUUUAUGUAAUUAUGUCUAUCGAUACAAAAUCAUACACUUAGUCAUUGGUCAUAUUAAUUUUAAAUAUAAUAAUAUGUACAUUUAGUUAUAAUAAUCUUUAGCUCUUAUCUAUAAUCAGUGAUAUAUAAUAUAA